AUGAUCUCCUCACGUCGCAGCGUGUUCCGACCGUGCAUCGAUCUACACAACGGUCAAGUGAAACAAAUCGUCGGAGGGACAUUAUCAGAUUCGUCGCCUGACGCACUGCGAACGAACUUUGUUGCCGAGCAGAGUGCUGGGCAAUUUGCUGAACUGUACAAACUACACGAUCUAACAGGAGGACAUGUUAUCAAACUUGGACCGGGAAACGAUGCUGCAGCGAAGGAAGCGCUGGCGACAUGGCCUAAGGGACUGCAAAUCGGUGGAGGGAUUAACGAGACGAAUGCUCAGGAGUGGUUGGACGCCGGUGCCAGCAAGGUUAUCGUAACGUCGUAUCUAUUCCCUAAUGGCAACUUCUCUUUAGAGAGGUUGCAGAGGCUGUCACAAUCUAUCGGAAAGGAAAAUCUGGUUGUCGAUGUAAGUUGUCGCCGACGGGGUGAAAAAUGGUUGGUGGCUAUGAAUAAAUGGCAAGAUAUAACAGAUAUGGAGGUAUGCAAGGAGACGCUCGAUCUCUUGUCAGAGUAUUGCAGCGAAUUCUUAAUCCAUGCAGCCGACGUCGAAGGACUUUGCCAGGGAAUAGACGAGGCCCUCGUGGAAAAAUUGGGCGAAUGGGUCACGAUCCCAACAACGUAUGCUGGGGGUGCAAAGGAUCUUAACGAUCUUGACCUUGUCAACCGUUUGUCUGGGGGGAAAGUCGAUUUGACUUAUGGAAGCUCGUUAGACAUUUUUGGCGGAAAGGUAUCGUUCGAGAAGCUGGUGAAGAAGAGUACGGGAACAAGAGCAUGA